CCCAAGUUCUAGGGUUCUCUACGUAAUUAUUGCAAGAUGUAUUACUACAGUAUUUGUAAUUGUGCCCCUGAAUUUCUGUUCGAUCAGAAUCAGAACAAAGACCAAAAUAUUCUUAAUCCAAAUCGGACAGAAACCCACACUUUCAGGUGUAACGGGAUGUCCGAUCCACUCACCAGGUGUGAAUUCACUCAUGAUUUCAACUCCCUUAUUGUUAGCAUCUUUCUGAGGUCGUGAGAAGCGAUGACUUUCUAGGCUUCUGCUCUGGGCCGGCCCUGCUAGUAGAAGGGUACUCUGUCUAGUGCCUCCUUUACCUUAUCCAUAGGAAUAAUGUCUGAAUUAACGAGCCUGGUGAGAGAAACUUCUGAAAAUGGCACAGAUUUGUCUCCAGAUGAUAUCGGUUCUAUCGAGGAAAUGCCUGAAGACACAAUUUUGUCACGACAAACCUCUGUGAACCUUGUCCCAUUUAUUGGCCAAAGAUUUGUUUCGCAGGAUGCUGCCUAUGAAUUUUACUGUAGUUUUGCUAAGCAGUGUGGAUUUUCAAUCAGACGACACCGUACACGAGGGAAAGAUGGUGUUGGUCGGGGAAUUACAAGAAGGGAUUUCACGUGCCACCGGGGUGGCUAUCCACAGCUGAAGCCAUCAGAUGAUGGAAAGCUACAAAGGAAUAGGAAGUCGACACGUUGUGGAUGUCAAGCUUAUAUGAGAAUUGUUAAAAGAGCUGAUUUUGAUGUUCCUGAAUGGCGCAUCACUGGUUUUAGCAACGUCCACAACCAUGAACUUGUGAAGUUAAACGAGGUGCAACUACUUCCUGCUUAUUGCACCAUGUCUACAGAUGACAAGAGUCGGAUUUGUAUGUUUGCAAAAGCAGGUAUGUCAGUGCGACAAAUGCUAAGACUCAUGGAGUUGGAGAAGGGUGUUAAGCUAGGUUGCUUACCGUUCACAGAAAUAGACAUCAGAAACCUGUUACAGUCUUUCAGGAGCGUGGACAGAGAUAAUGAUCCUAUUGACCUUGUAAAAAUGUGCAAGGAUAAGAAGGAUAAAGACCCCAACUUCAAGUAUAACUUCAAGAUUGAUGCCAACAACAGGUUGGAGCAUAUUGCCUGGUCAUAUUCUUCAUCAGUUCGAUCAUAUGAGACUUUCGGAGAUGCCGUGGUACUUGACACAACUCACCGCCUGGAUGCAUAUGAUAUGGUUCUAGGAAUUUGGAUUGGAGUGGAUAAUCAUGGGAUGCAUGCUUUCUUUGGUUGUGUGCUUCUAAGGGACGAAAAUAUACAAUCUUUUUCCUGGGCAUUAAAAACAUUCUUGGCUUUCAUGAAUGGAAAGGCUCCAGAAACAGUUCUAACUGACCAAAAUGUGUGGCUCAAAGAUGCGCUUGCUGUUGAGAUGCCGAGAACCAAGCAUGCCUUCUGCAUUUGGCAUAUCAUUUCAAAGUUUUCAGAUUGGUUUUCUGCCCUGCCUGGAUCUCAAUAUGAUAAAUGGAAAGCUGAGUUCCAUCGGCUAUAUAAUUUGCACUCUGCCGAGGAUUUUGAAGUGGGAUGGAGGGAUAUGGUUGAUACAUAUGGACUACAUGGAAAUAAGCACAUCGUCAGCUUAUAUGCACUGCGUACAUUUUGGGCUCUACCUUUCUUAAGAUCUUACUUCUUUGCUGGAAUGACAAGCUCGUUUCAAUCAGAGUCUAUGAAUGCUUAUAUCCAAAGGUUUUUAAGCGUGCAAUCUGUACUUGACAAUUUUGUAGAGCAGUUGGUUGCUGUUGUGGAUGUUAAGGAUGUAGGAGCAAAACAGAAGAUGCAACGGAAGGUCCAGAAAGUCCCCCUCAAAACUGGUUCACCAAUGGAAUCUCACGCGGCUGCUGUUCUUACGCCAUAUGCCUUUUCCAAACUGCAAGAGGAACUUGUGUUGGCACCACAAUAUGCAUCACUAAUGGUUGAUGAAAAUUAUUUCAUUGUGAGACACCAUACAGAAAUGGAUGGGGGCUCCAAAGUUAUUUGGGGCCCACAUGAUGAGUACAUUAGCUGUAGCUGCCAUCAGUUUGAGUUCUCAGGCAUCCUGUGUAGACACGUUCUUCGUGUAUUAUCGACAAACAAUUGUUUUCAUAUCCCAGAUCAGUAUCUGCCCAUCCGUUGGCGUGAUAUUGCCUCAGCAAUGACAAAGUCAGCCCAAGGUCCCUCCUCAGGGGAGCAUGCAGUGAAAGUCCAGUUGUUGCAUUCCAUCGUCUCAACCCUAAUUGCAGAGUCAGUUGAGACAGAGGAACGCCUUGAUGUUGCUUGUGAUCAAAUUUCAGUGGUAUUGUCUCGAAUCAAGGAAUUCCCUGGGCCAUCAGAUGGUGUUAAUGAGAUCACCUAUGACAACAGCCCAUCCGAUUCAUUGAUACUUCCAGAGGUUGAGGAUUCAGAUGGUAUUGUUCAAAGUUUUACUGUUGGGAAUCCUCAUGAGUCAACUUUAGGAAAGCUGAAAGAGAGAAGAUUUAGAGAUCCGGUAGACAUGUAUAGGAAAAGAAGGCGUUGCACUAUGCCUUACUAUGGGCAGUUUGGACACGAGGCUACUGAUUGUUCAAUGAUGGGAGGUGAUGAUUUAAAUAGCGAUGGGCUAGGGUUUUUGUAGUUAAACUUCUGAAAUUGCUAGAUAGGUGAAGUUAUAGCAUUUUGGCAGCCUUGUCCGUAGACUGUUGUAAAAAAUCUCUCCAUUCAAAUGCAAUCCUAAGAUUGUUUUGUAUGUUUAGACUUUAGAGUGAAUAGAUAUAUAACGUUAUGACAGGACAACAGGCGACCCUUGCGAGUACUUGGGCGCAUGAAAUAGGAGGGUGAUAAGGUGAUAUAUCAGAUUGGGAGAAAAAGAGGGGGGUCUAAUGAGGGAGGGUGGGGAGUAAAGAGUUGGAUAUUAACUGAUGUUUAAUUUGGAAGAGGCUAUGUUGUUCCUUUGCCGGGUCCUCUGACGUAACCUCUUGUUAUAAUUUUGACUUUUUGUUAUUCACCAACUUCUUUCAUUGCACACGAGUUGGCAGACUUGCAAGCUUACAAAAUGGGAUGCUGUGUUUUGCAUAUGAUGAUAGCGAACCAAUAGCUUAAUGAUAGUUCAAAUGACUAGAGGACGACGAGAACUCUAGUAUGGAUGCAUGGUAAGAGAUCCGGCUCUUUCAAAAUUCACUGUCCAAAAACUUGUUUCGGUAACUAAGUCUGCAGUAUGUUCCUUCCAUUACAUUUCUUGUUGCACAGGUUAGAAGAUAGAAUGCAUCGAGGUCUUAAUUUUUGUAGUUUGCUGCCACGUAUAUUUUUAGUUGUGAUGGUUUUUCAUUCUUCCAAACCCUAAGGGGGAAGAUGUCCAAAACUAGUUAACGGUGGUCAUGGCGGUGUUAUGAGUUCCUUGUGUUUGAUAUUAUCUACAGGGAAUAGCAAGAAAGAAGUUCAAAUCUUCCACUGAACAAUGUGAUACAUUGAGGAUUGAAAAUUCUAAGAGUGACUCCCCUCAAGUUUUCUGGAACAUAUAGUAUUCUUCUAGCUUUCUGCCUCGGCAGCCAAAGAAACUCUGCUUAGCCUGCUUGGUGAAGUUUUCGUGUCACAUCCUUUGAACUUCCUACCUCCACUGCGGCGGCGGCCGGAGCCGAAAAGUGCUCUUUGCACUAGUGCUCUUCCCAAGCGGCUCUGGCUAUUUUCUUUGUCUGACGAUCUUCCGGUGCAGUACUCUUGGCUGCUGCCACUAUUGCUGCCUGAAAUCUCAGCAUUUGCUCUAUGAGAAGCCAUUUUUCUUAUUUGCCGCAGAGUGGGCCGACGGGGCUGUAAUGCAGGAUGUUU